AUGCUGAAAGUAAUCGUUACCGGGUUCGCGGCUCUCGCUGCCGCCACUGCACAUGCAUCCAUCACUCUCAACAACACGGAUUGCUCCUGGAACUCCGUCACCUGCUUGCCGACCGCGCUGUGCGAAUCCACAGGUGACGAUUUUCGCCCUUGCCGUGUCAAGGACAAUGUGGAUUACUACCCCCAACAACUUCACCUUGCGUACGCUGGCAAGAGUGCUGGAACAGCCAUGACGGUGUCCUGGUCCACGUACGCCAAGGUCGACGAUAGUUCCGUCUGGAUCGGACGCUCUGAAGACACUCUGGAGUUGGUUGACACGCCUGUGACUCAAACCAGUUACUACCAUGAUGCCACGUACAACAUGUUCCACCAUCACGCGAUGGUCUCCGGUCUGACGCCGCAUACCAAAUACUACUACAAAGUGGGAAGCAAGGCCAACAUGUCGUAUACUAGCGACGUAUUUUCGUUCGUGACGGCUCGUGCUGCCUCGGACAGCAGCACCUUCAACAUGGUUAUCUACGGAGACUUCGGAGCUGGCAAUGAGUCCAAGGACACACUCGCGUACGUGAACACGCUGAACGCAGAUAAUGUGGACUUGAUUUACCACAUUGGUGAUAUCGGCUACGCUGACGACGCAUGGCUGAUGCCCGAUCAGGCCGAAGGGUUCUUCUACGAGAAAGUGUACAAUGGAUGGAUGAACUCAAUGGCUCCCGUUAUGAGUUCGGUUCCGUAUAUGGUUUUAGUUGGAAAUCACGAGUACGAGUGCCACUCACCUGCCUGUGCUGCAUCGGCGGAGCGGAUGAAUAUGCUCCGUAAUUUUACCGCUUACAACUCUCGAUUCCAAAUGCCGUCGAAGGAGGUCGAUGGCACUCUCAACAUGUGGUAUUCAUUCGAGCACGGCCCGAUCCACUUCACAUCGAUCUCUUCGGAGACGGACUACAAGGGUGAACCCAGUAAUGAGUUCGCUGAUCCACCUCGUAAUGGUCACUUUGGAGACCAGUUGGCCUGGGUUGAGGCUGAUCUCAAGAAGGCUGAUGCGAACCGAGGCAAUGUACCUUGGCUUAUUGUUGGCAUGCACCGUCCUCUCUAUGAUGUAUCCGGCUGUCCGAACGGUGUGCCAGCUGACCAUAACGCGAACAUUCAGGCUGCGUUUGAAGAUCUUUUCAUCAAGUACAGGGUAGAUGUGGUGCUGACGGGGCAUCAGCACUACUACGAACGCCAAACGCCUAUUCUUAACAGCACUGCAGUGCUGGACGGCGUCUCAAGCGACUUCGCACGCUAUGAUAACCCCAAGGCACCGGUUUACAUUGUGAGCGGCGCUUGCGGCACGGUUGAGGGCCUUGACAUGGCCCCCGAUCCCACCAACGUGACGUGGAAUGCGGCCUCAAACUAUAUCGACUACGGCUUUUCAACUCUGGAAGCGAAUCGAUCGAAACUGUCGUGGAAGUUUCUGAACAGUUCGAACCAGGCUGUACUUGACGAGUUCGUCAUGUGGAAGACAUCUCCAUCGACAGAAGGUUGCAGCGACGCCAUCUCUGCUUAA